AUGUUGGAGCUACAGGCUCAACGCCAUCCCACGCACCCCUCCAACCAUUCCAAUCAAGACCUCGACAAUCCUGGCCCCAGCCAAACUCCUUACGAGCAUGGCAUUACUCUAGAACAUGACGAGCCCCCAGACGAACCCAUAGAUGACCCGUUUGACGGCCCCAACCCAUCUGGCUCCUUUAGAGAGGCACCGGGAAGAAGUGUUGCUGCUGCAGAAAGCCGAGCGAAGGAAGCUGAAUCAUUAUUUGGUAGUAUCGCCUCCCAAUUGGACAAUCAUUGGGCCGCACCAAGUCACAACUCACUUCCUGCUAAUCAACGUUUGGCCCUCAAAAACUUCUGCAAAGAUCUAGCUAAGGUUGCUACCCGUCACUUUGACGCCUACAUAAGCGGAAAACAGGUAUCAAAAAUUAAACCAACUCCUGAGCCUUGCCGAACUCCGCAAGCGCCGGAGUCUUUAACAUACGCCAAGAUGGCUCGCCGACCCAAGGGCAUCCACACCGAAAAUAUACACAGUAGUAGAGAGCCAGCACGUCCUAGCCCAAAAACACAACCGCAACAACAUCGCACUGACGAUCGUCUGUUUGUCCGCAUACCUGAUGGAGAUAGGCUCAGGGGUCUCUCAGCGUACGCUAUCCAGUCUCACCUGAAAGCUAAGCUAGGAAACGAAGAGCGAGUUCUAGUUAACGUGCAGUCUACAAAGACCGGCUUCGCCCUCUGCCCUAAAGAUGGAGAAACCUCUAAAUUUAAGGAAGAAAUCUCGAAGGUGAGUAUUUUUGAUAAUGUUGCAGUCAAAAGUGCGUCACCGUGGACUUCAUAUAGGAUUAAUAAUAUCCCACAUACGUUCGGAACCAUCAACGACGAACUCAGAUACUGCCUUCAACCAGUCACUGCCGCUGCUAUGUACAAAGCACUCUCAGCUGCCGCAGGAACAGCUCCAGUAGCCAUCCUUGCGUCGCGCGAUAAUGAGGAGAACCUAGACUCCUCCUCCAAAACAUGGAUUGUUCGCUUUCCAGAAAAUCACCAACGUCUUCCUCGUGUUCUCUUCCUAUUUGGUUGCCGUACAAUCACAAAAACUCUCACUCGGAGCUACACAGCUGCUCAGUGCAAUAGAUGCUGGCUAUGGCAUAAUACCCGAACUUGUGCGUCCUCCUUCCGGUGCCGCCUAUGUGGCUCGGGAACCCAUACUGAAAACGAGCAUGGUAACCACUGCGCAGCCACAGGUGAGCACACCUGUCCACAUAGAUGCAUUCACUGCCACGGCCCUCAUGCCGCUGACGAUGCAAAGUGCGAGCUCAAGCCUAAAGCUACAGGACCACCUUUGACCAAAGCUCAGGUGAGUGCGGUCCGAAAAGUCAAUGCAGAUGCCCGUAUGCGCAGACAAGCAGAAGCGGACUGUGCGAAGCCCCUUCCCCAAGCCAACUCAGCAGCGCGUAGCGACCAGCUGUCAUCAUCUCAACACCUCAGCCCUGCCGGAGCAAGGACAGCACAGGAUACAUAA